AUGGCUCCGAAGAUCACGGUUCACUGGCUCGAGGACUCGCGUGCACAGCGCAUUCUCUGGCUCCUCGAGGAGCUCGGGCUCGACUAUGAAGUCAAGCGCUACUCUCGCGACCCAAAGACGCUUCUGGCGCCCAAAGAGCUCGCGGAUGUUCACCCUCUCGGAAAGUCACCAGUCGUCACCAUCGUCGAGGAUGGCAAAACUUUGACGCUGGCCGAAUCAGGCGCCAUCGUCGAGUUCAUCGUCGAGCGCUACGGCUCGAAGCUCAGCGUUCCCGCCUCGUCCUCCGACAUGCAGGCUCGCGCCGACUACCUCUACUGGCUGCACUGGGCAGAAGGAUCCGGCAUGCUCCCCCUCAUGUUCUCCAUCGUGUUCGCUCAGCUCCCCAAGCAAGGUCCGUGGCUCGCCAAGCCGCUCUUGAACGGCGUCUCGUAUGGCGCGAUGGGCCAAUUCGUCCUCCCACGCCUCAAGGAGAACUUCCGCUUUGUCGAGCAGUCGUUGGCGGACAAGGAGUACUUUGCAGGCGGCCAGUUGACCGGCGCGGACAUCAUGAUGUCGUUCAUCGCCGAGGGUCUCGAAUCUUCGCCCUUGCCGAACGACAAGUACCCCAACAUCUUCCGCUGGUACAACUCGAUUUUGGAGCGCGAGGCGUACAAGAAGGCGCUCGAGAAGGGCGGGAAGAACGACCUUGGCCGCUUCACGAGGUGA